AGGCAAGUGACACGCACAGGCUUUCGCACUAAGCUGAGGGGCAGAAGCAGCAGCAGCAGCCCGGGCUGGCAAAGCCGCGACCCUUAGCGCUUCCCCCUCAUCCCCACAGCGCACAGGGAGGCGAGAGAGCGCAGCGGGGAGCUGGGAGGGUCGCACCCUGUAGCGGGAGCAGCCGGAGACGAGCGGCGGGACUGGGUGACAGCUCAGAGUGGCAGCGCAGGGACUUACAGAUCACUUGAACUCCUCUCUGCAAGGAACCGGCACCGACACCGACUGGACCGGCCUCCCUCACAGCAGAACUUUUUCAUUGGACGUGCUGGAUAAGAUACAUAAAUGACAGCAGCAAGCUUCUAUAACAGAGAACCCAGCAACACUUCUGGUCUUCUGGAGCAGAAAUAUUCACCGUAUGCUGUCUUCUGGCGCUAUCUGUAGAGCCCAGCCAACUGGAGGUCCUAGAGGUAUGGCUUACUGGCUAUUCUGGGCUAUAGCAAUCCUCCUCUGCAUAGAUGGUUCCACAGCGGCCACGGACGUUUCCCAUGGAAGGCCAAGGAUCACCAAGUGCCGAUCACCCCAACAGGAGACCAUCACUUGCUAUUGGACAUAUGGAGAGUUUCGCAACUUAUCGUCCCCAAGCCUGAUAAAGCUUCAGUAUAAAAAAAAGAUUGAGGCCAACUGGACAGAUUGCCCAGAUACUGUAACCGGGGGAGAAAACAGCUGCUAUUUCAGUAAAACCUAUACUUCUAUUUGGGUCUCUUAUUGCACCAAACUUGUAAGUGAAGAUACUGAAUUUGAUGAUUACUGCUUCUCCGUGGACGAUAUUGUGGAACCUGACCCCCCUGUGGCCCUGAACUGGACUGUGUUAAACAUCAGCCUGACCCGUAUGCGCGUAGACAUCCAGUUAAGUUGGGAACCACCGCCCUCAGCAGAUGUUACAAGUGGGUGGAUAAGCCUGGAAUAUGAGGUUCAUAUGAAGGAAGCCAAUGAAUCCCAGUGGACAGUACUGGACAAAGUGCAAACCAAAUAUUUACCGGUCUACGCUCUGAAAACAGGAAAGGAUUAUUUCGCUAGGGUUCGUUGCAAACAACUCUCUAAUGGAAAAUUUGGAGAGUUCAGUGAAAUCUUGCAUAUACCACUAACAAUAUUGCCAGAGCCUGACCUUCCCGAUGUUCCAUUUCUCCUCUUUCUUACUAUCGGAUUAUUCGGCAUGUUGCUUGUCUUCAUUUUUAUUCUAGUUUUCAAAAAGAAGAGGUUAAAGAUGAUAAUCCUUCCACCAGUCCCUGUCCCAAAAAUAAAAGGGAUUGAUCCUGAUCUUUUGCAGAGAGGAAAAUUGGAUGAGGUGAACUCAAUACUGGCAUGCCAUGAUCACUACAAACCACAGCUGUACAAUGAUGACCCUUGGGUUGAAUUUAUUGAGCUGGACCUUGAUGACACAGAUGAGAAAAACGAGGGCUCCGAUACCGACCGACUUCUCGGAGAGGAACACAGGAAGACCCAUAGCUGCUUGGGUGUUAAGGAUGACGACUCCGGACGUGCCAGCUGCUGCGAGCCUGAUAUUCCAGAAACCGAUUUCAGUAACAGCGACACUUGCAACGGUACCUCGGAUUUAGGGCAAACUCAGAAUGUCAGAGAAAAUGAAGCCGAUCUUUUGUGCCUUGAUGAGAAAUCUAAUAGCGGAUCACCUACAAGUGUCAGCGUGCCAAACACAGAAGAAGGAAGCCCAAAGCCUGAAGCUGAGAAAACGUGGCCUGUAGCCGUGAGUGAGAACCAACCAACAAGCUUGCCCGUCCCGAUAACACUAAGCAAGUUGAGCAUAAAGCCGAGCAUGGACUUCUAUGCUUUGGUCAGCGACAUAACUCCUGCAGGAAGACUUCUCCUCUCCCCAGGACAAAGAAUGAAGAAUGAGAAUGAAGAAUGUAAUCAAGCAGUUAUUCAGCACCCAGCAAACCUUAACCAAGACAGCGCUUACAUUUGUGAGUCUGCUGUGACAGCUUUUUGUGCUGCGAGCAAGCCCAGGGAUACAGAAGCCAGCGUGAAGCCGAAUGUAAUUGAUGAUAGCUACUUCACCACAGAAAGCCUUAACAUCCCUGAGAUGAAUCCUUGCUUUGCAGAGAAGGCUUCAAGCUACGAUAUGCCUGUCUCAGACUAUACCUCUGUCCAUAUCAUAAACUCUCCCCAAAAUCUUGUACUCAACACUACUGUGCUACCAGACAAAGAGUUCCUCCCACCGUGUGGCUACAUGACCCCCGACCAAGUAAACAAAGUCAUGAAGUAGUCGUUUUUUUUUUUUAUUCUGUGAUGGUAUUUAAAGGCAUGGGCUCUUACGUUUAAACCAAAACACUGCAUAUAAGCUUUUUUUUUUUUUUUUGUGGUUUAUUCUUGUAAAAAGCUUAAGGGUAUAUAUAUAUUAAAUGUUAAGAAGAUGCCAAAAUGCUUAGCAAGAGAUUUCAUGUAUGUCAUAGAAUGUUAGAGUUGAUCGUGACUAGUUCCUGUUAAGUAUUCAUUUUGUGACCCUAAUCAUUGGAUGAUCAGAUUCAAUGAAAUCAUGGUUUACAGUAGAUUGGAAAAAAAAAAAGUGUUUUUUUCCGGAAAUAUUACGAGACCUGUAAAUAUGAAUUUGUGGAAUGGAAAACCGUAGGUAACCCAAGGUCAGGUUUGAACAAUGAACUCUUUGAGCACAUCCGUGUGAAUAUUAAGAAACAAAGAGCAUGAACUUUGAUAUUAGACACUGCAUGUUGUGCAUCAUGAGCAACUACGGAAUCAUUUAUUAUAGAGGUCGGCCAAUGUUUGAGCAGAGAUUGUCUGACUUCAAUAUCGGAUAACCGGUUCAGAACAGGGAGCUUUAGUUCAACUGUGCCUGGAGAGCCUGUGCUUGAUUAUUCCUGAAUUAAGGCAAAGUGAAAGACACUACCUUACAGUUAGAGAUGUCUAUAGUGCAGCAGCUGCAGGGAUAGCAGGUAGUAUGGUACAGUCUAUACACAAACAUGUACAAAUUGCCAGCUACAUACAUAGCACACAAGAAUUUACAACACUAAGGGGCUGAUUUACUAACCCACGAAUCCGACCCGAAUUGGAAAAGUUCCGACUUGAAAACGAACAUUU